CUGCGUUGCCUGCUCUCUUUGGGGAGGUGGAAGAGGAACGAAGUUUCUACGAGUGCUGCCAGCCUCCGUGGCAUCGGAGAGAGAGAGAAAAGCAGGCUCGGUGUGUGCCCGGCAUCGAUCGCGAGGCCUGAAGCGCGGAGCGCGCGCGAGACAAGCAUAGGUCUCAGUACUCAGUGCAGUAAGUGAGGCUCUGGACUCGGAGGAUUGUGCUGUGAAAGCCUCGGUGGCAAAGGGCUGGGAUCGGCGCCUCACGCGGCUCAGCGUCGCUAGCUUUCUCCGACUCUCUUUUAGUCUCUCCUUCCUCAGUCGUCAGGCGACGAUCGUUAUUUAGACUCCCCGAGUCGUGUGCAAGGAAAGAAAGAAAGAAAAAAAAAAAACCAAACCAAACCAUCCCCAAGCAACAGGUAGGGGACGCGUGACAGCUCGCUCGCUCGUGCGUGUUUCUUCCCUUCUCCCCCCUUCGUCGAGUCUGCGAGAGUGGCUCCUCUUGUUUCUGCUGCCAUUGGAUUAGUGUCGUCCGUGGGGUGGUGUUCGUUUUCUCUCCCCCGUUACGUUUUUUUAAAAAAAAAUUUUGCCCUAAUUCCUUUCCUCCGUUUUCCCUCCCACCCUUCUCUUUGUCGCAUGCACGCGCGCCGCCGUCGCCUGGAGUUACCGACCUUGAUUCGCGACGACAGCGCCACACCUGUUGGAUUUACAGAUUGCGUCAAUUCGCGGACGUGAAGUCAUCUGCCAACGAAAUCGGCACAAGGCAUUGACGGAGGAAGGAUACCAUCUUCUUCUAUUCUUCCGUCUGUUAUCGAUCAUCACGUGAUCCGCUGAUUAUCUGCUGCAGUGGUGCUGUAAUUAGAGUGAACUAUUGCCUGUCGUAUCUGUCUAUUCCUUGCUUAGCAUCACUCAGGCGCAUUAGUCUUGUGUCUAGGGGGUGUGCUUCUACCCGACUUCUUCAACCUGUGUUCUCUGAGGAUUCGCUUUAUUUAGCGCAUGUCGCAUCUUUACGACCAAGAACAUUCUUUGUAGACCUGCUUCAAGUUACCGUGGUAUUAUUUUUUUGGUUUCACUGGCUCCAAAGAAAACCAACGCUGUGCGAGGAAUAUAUUUGGGGCUGAGAUGCUCCGUUUUCAAUAAACAUUUUUUUUUAAUUUUGAGAGAACAUCUUGGCUGGCAAGCUGAACUGACACGUUUAGUGUCUGCUGCUUGAAAUAUUGUAGACUGAUACAAGGUGCCGCUCCUUGGUGAAAGCUGCCGAUACCCAGCAUUAAUUCAUGGAGACUUUUUUGUAAUCCCUACUGCUGGAGAGGCCUUCUGCUUCGUUCGCGCAUCGAGAGUUGUUUCCCUUUUGCUUCAGGAGAGGAAGCAUAAGAAUCACGACUGACGAUACACCUUCCCAAAAUCAACCUUUGUCACAAUUCUCAGGAAAUUGCCUCCAGCGACAACAACAGCUACACUGGCCACCUUAGUUCGCGCACUACGCCAGCAGUACCAUCACCCCCACCAACCCCAGCAGCAGCAACAACAGCAGCAGCAGCAGCAACAGCCGCUGCAAAGCGAAUCGUUGCUCGUGAGUCUGACGGCCGCCAAACGUUCGCUCUUGUCCAAAGGCAGCAUGGCCGCGGUGUUACAGAACGGAGUACUGGACCACCACCACCUGACUCUUCAGGCGCAUCACCAUCGCCAUCCGCUCAGCCUCCCCCCGCCGCACACCCAUUCUCCCCAGCAGCACCCCUCCCACCACCACCCACAGGGUCAGGCCAGCCAGGGAUCGACAGUGCCCAUGAAAGACCAGGAUGCCAUCAAGCUCUUCGUGGGUCAGAUACCGCGCAACUUGGAGGAGAAGGACCUGCGGCCAAUCUUCGAGGAGUUUGCAAUCUAUGAACUGACCGUGCUCAAAGACCGCUUCACGGGGAUGCACAAAGGUUGCGCCUUUCUGACCUACUGCAACCGGGACAGUGCCAUCACUGCACAGCAAGCGCUGCACGAGCAGAAGACGCUACCCGGGAUGAACAGGCCUAUCCAGGUAAAGCCUGCAGACAGUGAAAGCAGAGCAGAAGACCGCAAGCUGUUUGUGGGCAUGCUGAACAAGCAACAGACGGAGGAGGACGUACGCCAGUUGUUCCACCCUUACGGCUCCAUCGAGGAGUGCACCAUUCUUCGCGAUCAGAACGGCAACAGCAAAGGCUGUGCCUUUGUCAAAUUCUCCUCUCACUCAGAAGCACAAGCUGCAAUCAAUGCUCUGCAUGGAAGCCAGACUAUGCCUGUGAGCACACUAUCUCCUUACAACUUCGUCAGGGGAGCCUCAUCCAGUUUAGUGGUGAAGUUUGCCGACACAGAAAAGGAAAGACAACUCCGCCGCAUGCAGCAGAUGGCAGGUCCACUCGGUCUCCUCAACCCCUUUGCCCUUUCUCAGAUCGGUGGCGCCGCCUACAGCACUUUCCCACAGGUGGAGCAGCCGUAUGAGCUGUCCCGCGUGGGGUCCUUCGACUCUCUCUCUCAGUAUUCUUCGCUCAUGUAUUCAGACACUGCUCUGUACCCGUGCAAAAUCGAGCCGGUCUACACCAAGGCGUCGACGCUGGCCUCCCAGCAGCUGAUGCAGCAACAGGUGGCGCUGAUGGCCGCCCAGGGCACCUACGUGACCGCCAGCCCCGUCAACGUCCUGGGCACAAUGCAGGGCCUGACCAGCCUGGCUGCGCCCAACGGCAUCGCCUCCGCCGCCAUCACCCCGACCACCGCCACGCUGGCCAGUGGUACAGCGACAGCUACUAUCAAUGGCGCUCCUCCCAGCAUGUUGUCGCCGACAGCAGUGGCCAGCUUCCAGGUUCCUCCCGCCAACGGUCAGGCCGCCGAGGUAUACGCCAACGGUAUCCCCCACUACACAGCAGCUGCAGCCCAGGCAGUAAGCAAUGGUGACCCUUUACAGCAGUAUGCCACCAUACAGCCUUAUGCCAGCAUUGCCUACCCGGCAGUUUACGGUCAGUUUCAACAGGCAUUGACGCAGGGAGCUACCUUGCUGCCUACAGCACAGAAAGAAGGACGAAUUCUGGGCGUUGUAACUGCUGACACCCAGAGAAAAAUUCUUCUCGAUCGAGCCGAGCUGACAGAUAGAGGACCCGAAGGUUGCAACCUGUUCAUCUACCACCUGCCUCAGGAGUUUGGAGAUGCCGAGCUGGCGCAGAUGUUUGUCCCCUUCGGCAACGUCAUCAGCGCCAAGGUCUACGUGGACCGUGCGACUAACCAGAGCAAGUGCUUCGGGUUCGUCAGUUUUGACAACCCGGGCAGCGCUCAGGCCGCCAUCCAGGCCAUGAAUGGUUUCCAGAUCGGCAUGAAGCGCCUGAAGGUGCAGCUAAAGAGGCCCAAGGAUGCCAACCGUCCGUAUUAGGCCCCGCCUCGCCAUUGCCGCAAACAGCUUUGUCGGAUCAGUGGAAGAAAGCUUUUCACGAGGACAACAAAUCCACAAUCUGCCAAAAUGGAUUCGGCAACGCCGACCCCCUGAAGACCUACAAUACGACCAAUCGCAGUUUGUCGACGCCUGACAUUUGGAGCAUCACGCGAGCCAUCUAAUGAGAUCUGGUCAGAAAGCAAGUGUACGAGGUGCCCAGAGAAUGGAAGCUCAUAUUUGUACAGACUUCUUCUCAUAGUCAUUCUAUAUACCUUUUUUAGUGUAACAAAGGUUACUUUUUUGGUAACGGUCAAUUAAAUAACAGAUGCCCUUGAUUAUUGAAGCUUUGAGGAGGCUCUCUGUCUCCUCAACUAUUUUUAAGACGGAAAUAUAUUUUGCAUGAUAUAUACCCGCCGAACCAAACUCUGGUCACAACUUGUUGAUAAAAAUAACAUGUCACCAUUUUUUUAAAUUGUACGGUUUUUCAAAAUAUUCAAAAUAUGUUUAACAUUGCUCAGAAUUUUAGUUGUGUAGACACAAUGUAGAUUUUAUUGCAUGGUUUUAUUUAAACAUUGCUUUAAGCCCUUCAGUUCUUUAGUUUGUGUGGAUGCUGUAAUAUUUUCUUGUUUUGUCUGGAAGAAAGAUCUACAUGUGGGUUUUUGUUUAUGUAUCAGUUUGGUUUCCAUCGCAAACUAUAUUUAGUGAAAAUGGAGUUUUGGAAAACGUUUUUUUCCUCAUAAAAUUCAUCAUUAAUUUGGAACAUGGAGUUUGCCAGUUACACUACAAAAAGGAAAUAUUAAAAUAUCGUGAUUCCUAAUCUAAGUAACUUGUUGACAUUGUACAUUCCAAGUUGAAUAUGGAAAUUCCACAUACGUAAGCUAAAUUAUUCUACGGCCAUAACAGGUGCUGAGUAUUCUAUAAAUAGUUGGUGUUGUCUUUGGUAUUUGCGACUAUUUUAUUUAGGGAAAAAGGGGGUGUGUCCCACAAGAAAAGAGAACGCUACGAUUUUCCGCCAGUAAUUGAACGACCCCAAACUUCUGGAUUAGGUCAAAGUUGAAUAGAAAUGGAGAUAAUUUGUGUGGCCCUGUCAGGGUUGAAACCAUUAAGUACUAGACUCUUAGAAGAUAAACUAGAUGAAAACUACCCUUUGAAAUUGGAACUGGUAGGUAGUAGGGAUUUUUACCCGUGUAUGCAGUCAAGACAUUAAACCCAGCAAAGUCGUCAGGCUAAACAUAAAUAUACUCUCUGUACACCUUCACAACCCGUACUCACACUUUACUAUACACAUACAUGUACUUGUACUAUAAAAAUUGGCAACACCUGCGAUGGAAAGAUACGGUGAAGAUAUUUAGGAUGAAGUAGUGCUAAUUAACGCCCGCCUUGAAAAAUAAUUUCAUGGUCGUAAAUGGUAUUCCUAUGACAUGAUCAUUAAAAGCAAACAUGUUAGCCCACCUUGAACUCUUUGAAGCAAUUUUAACACACUUUACAAAUGAAUGUAGGGGAAUAAUUCAACUGUGCAUUUUAUUCUAUUUUAUUCUAAGGCAUUUGCGAGUUUAAAUAUAUUUAAACAAUUUUCCCUUUUGUGUUUAUUUUAACACUUUUUUUGAAAUUUAUUAUCAACCCCCUACCCCCGUUAAUGGCCGGCCCAGUCAUUUUCGCGGGAACUGUACAUAAACAUUUUAUCUGUAUAUAACGGAUACACAAUGUAUACAUCACGCUUAAUAUGUCCAUAAAAAAUAUUUAUGUUUGGAACAUGUAGACCGUUUUGCUUCUGUCCAUCUGACGGAAAUAUGAAAAUGAUUCGUUCCUGACGGCAUACCUUUCCUUGUUUUUCAGUGCACAGUGUAUAUGUGCGUUAUAAGGCCUGGUCACUUUUUGGCGGUAUCUUUGUUGUAUGAUCCCCCACAGAUUUAGACACAUGGUCUUGUUACAAAAAAAAAGUUAAGCUGUGUUGUCACUUGCUUAAGUCUUUACCUAUUUUCACUUUGACCUGAACUCGGGCUCUUUAAUUUUUGCGUUCAAUGGUUGUACUGGCAGAAACACAAACAAAACUUUUUUUUUUUUUUUUUUUUGCCUGAACAUGUGUUGUGAUGGUUUGUAUUGUUAAAAGUGUUGGUAGGAAGACGCUGACUGGCUGACCGGCACGCACCGGCCAUGUUGAUUGGCUAGGCGUGAAGAGCAGCUCCGCAGUAAGCUCAUUUCAGCCUUUGUGAUUGGCCAGAAUCUGCACACGCGACGUGUUAGCUCCCCAUGCGACCUCAUGUUAAAGAGAAGCGACUCUAGUGAUGGAUGUUCUUUUUUGUUUUUACGUUGCGAUGUGUAAUUUAUCACUAUAUUGAUUCUAUACAGCUUAAAAGUUCCUUUAGAUAUUGUUACAAGCGACAGUUGACAGUCGUUCGUUGCGUUGUAGUGUUCUUGUUUGACCUACUUGUGGUGAUCGGGGCGGGGUGGGGCAUGGUUGUUCGCUGUUUUGUUAGUGGACUCUUUGACCACAGAGCAAACCUCCUCCGUAUGUUGGGACGCGGACCUCUGUGCUGGUUCCGUAGGUCCAGAUGUUAUAAUCAGAAAGUUCUAGAAUCUCGAAAAAAAACUUUAUCGCUUGUUUAGAAAUGCAGUUGAGAAUAAGGUAUUCAUUUUUUUUCAAAGGGGAAAAGUGUGUUGCAACGUCUUCCUUUCCUACUCCCACAUAUCCUCGAAUGAGUAAGGAAGGAAAUGCUGGGAAUUUUUUUAAACCUGGAAAUAUAGAGCUACUCGCUUACACAUUAUAUCAAAUCAUAAUUAACAUAAACUGAUCAGCCAUUGAAAAUGUUGCAGUGUUACAAAAAAAAAGAAAAAAGAAAAGCUUUUUUUUCUUUGUCCUUCAGUGAUGGAUCAAAGGGCACAAUCUAUGUAAGAGUAUUUUGAUCACAAAGAACAGUGAUUAUCUACUACCACGCUUAUUGGUCACGAAUUUCGCACUUUCAUUAUGUACACUGCGCACACAUGUUUGUUUACAAGUUUUUAAAUGUCAUAAGUUCAUUUACACAUAUCUUAAAAUUUCAAAACAAUGGACUAUUUUGAAUCCAGUUUUUUUUUAUGUUGUAUAUUUAAUUGCUCAUGUCUUGUUUGUACGAAAACCGAUUAUCAUGUUGGUUGAAGACAGUUCUACUUCAUAGCGUGAGCAAAUUGUGACCCGUUUUUUUCUUCCUCACCUCGAGCUUGGGUGGCCACCCCCAUCCUCCCAAUCAGCGGAGGUGAGUAACAGGGUCGUCAACACACACCACAUGCCGCCGACGAGGAUAGCCCCGCCUGCCCAGUGACGUCACACGAUCGUUUGGCGAUCUGCGGACUCUAGGCAGCCAAUGCCGUCUUUCCCGGAAGCGCGUCACGAAGAAGGCGGCAGUAGCCAAUGGCUGCUUGCUGACAUGUCCACGGCGCUUGCGCAUACAGGGCAUUUGUGACGUCAUCUUUUUUUUUUUUUUUUUGGCUGCAGGUCGGAUAAUAGAGCCCGAUCGCGUUUUAGAGGCAGACCUUCGCGACUCGCCUGAAUGUUGCGGCACGUUAUCACGUGUGUAUAUAUUAUAUACUUAUAAGCAAAAUAUAUAUGAGAAACCUUUUGUACAGCAUAUAUUGAAGCCAUGUUAACUUAUUACCGGUAUCUGUAAUGGGGUGUCACGUAUCACUCAGGUGUCCCUGUGUUUUGGACACGAGAAUAACAGAGUAGACGAACGAACGUGAAGACACGGAGUGGUGACCAGAAUGAUAAAGAAUUUUGGCUUAGACUAUGAAAAUAGCACUGUUUUUUUUUUUUUAAGUCCUUGGACAAUCGGUUCCAGAAGGUAUUUUGCAUUGUGUUGAUGUUGCCUUUGUCUAGUCAUUUCUCUUCCCCUCCCGACUGAUAAUUUAAUUAUAUGGAAGGCAAAGUGCAAUAGCAAGUCGUCCAGCGUUAUCGCUGUGCUUCUGUUGUUUUUGAAUCAUCUCCCUUUCCCCACUUUUUUCACUUCUUGGUGACUUCUGGAUGUGGAGGUGGGGUGGAGGUAGAAUCAAGAAAGGUUAAGAGAAAACUAAGCUUGCUUAGGCUUUUCCACAGCUUUUUUUCUUCUGCCGAACUGGGUGGUGGUGGGAGGUGGAACUGAAAGAUCCCCGCACGUAACGAUCUGCACAACACCAGGAGCUGGCUACUUUUUGCCCAUUCGUUAUUCACGUUCAUUAGUGACAAAGGAAAAAUUCUCUGAUUUCCUUCGUCUUCCUCCCUCUCUCUCUCUCUCUUUUUUUUUUAAAUCGACAGUGUUGCCCAGUAAUAUUAGGCCGUGACAGGUCACGCAGUUUGACAAAUCUAGAAUCUCACGUUUCUGUAAAAAAAAAAAAAAUAAAAUAAAAAAAUAAAAAAAUAAGAAACAGACUGCCUUUUAGCAUUUACCUUUGACGUACGCACGCCUAGGUUUCAGUCGUUGGGUGUUUGCUUGGAGCACCUUCUCGUCCCCCGAGUAACAUCGGACUGUAGACAGCAGAUAGAAAUUUCCACCCCUAUUUCUCCACGCGUGUUGGCCACGCGCAGUAAUAUUCACUCACCAGGGAGAAACGAGAAAGGGUGCAGUGAUUUCCCGGAGCACGUCCUCUCUUCCUCUCCUUUCUACCAAUACAAACCCCCUCGGCAUGGCUCUCUAGGCUCAGGGUGGCCGCCGCGCAGAUCAAGGGUGGGGAAGCAAGCAGUUCCACCCUUCUCACAGUUUUUAGCAUACCCCACCACCCACCCCACCUCAUUCUAUCCAACGUCUGUUCAUCACAACGUGUUCAGAUAUAAUUUUUUAAAAUGACACUUGGAACUUUUUUUUAUCUUUUGGUGUAUUAACUUACCAUCGUAUUUUAUUUAAAGGAGACGAUUUUUGCCUCCACAAUUUUUAAGUUAUUCACUUCACCACGCAUCGUAGUACCUGUAUGUAUGCAUGUAUGUGUGUGUGAGUGUGCGAGCUCACCCACAGAGGUUAAGGGAGGCGGGCUUGGGUCCUAGUGUAAAGACCAUCUCAUUACCUUGCGUUAAUGCUGCUACUGGCAGAGCACUAGAAUCACGUGGUCUUGAACGGCGACAAAAAAAUUGGCACUUAAGUCGACUGUACUGAUUUGUGAGGUACCACCUUUUUUUUUUAAUUUGUUGGUUAGGUUCAGUUGAGCACCUCCUUCACCCUUACAUCAUGUUGGCGAUUUUAGUCAUGCCUUAAGUUUGUCCUCCCCAAGAUUCUUUAUCAUGCGUGAUGUAAUCGGGGUGUAACAGCGACCUGAGUGAUCAAGUAAUUUGGGAACAGGUGCAUCUGGAAACAUACACAAAACCAAGAAAAUUGUUCAGUAACGGGAAUAUCAGUAACAAGCCUUGGAUUCUAACCUCGACCGGGUAACCACAUUGUGGCAAUUUUUUGUUUUAAUUUGAAAUGUCACAAUGCUUUUGAAACUCAUGAGUGUCUUGCACAUAAACACUUGUAGUAGAUAUUUCUUGGACUUUUUGUUUUUAUAUUCAUUUUCGUAGUGAUUUUUCAUGCUUCGUAGAUUUCUUUGUGUACAUGAUCUAGCUUAGAGACUUUUAGCACCAUUAUGUAUUGAUCACAUAUUUAAUCUCUAAUAGUUAGCGAACAAAACGUAAAAGAAAAAAAAUCAUAUAUGAAUGCUCAAUUUGCCACCGUUGCAUAUUACACGAUCUGGAUGUAUAUUUCUUACUGAAAGGAGAGGCUGUGAAGGGGAAGCUAUUCUCAAUCAAGGCAAUACUGAAGCGCCUGUUAAUAAGAUCACAGUCGGGUAAUAACGAAGCCACUUUGCUGAUCAAGGCUGCUGCGAAAAGACGCACGAAAGCAAAAUGUGGCCGGAAGUCAUGAUGGGUUACGAAUCCAAGAGCCUUAACUUCCCCAUGCACUGUCGCUGUCAAGUGUCUCCAUUUAUUAUUUCUUUGAUAACGAUGAUGAUGAUGAUGUCCGGAGAACAAAUGUAAACGAUAUUUUUGUGCAGUGAUCAGUUUGUCAAAGAAGGCGAAAAUAUUUUAAAUACCAUACGUGAACUCGUAAGCCGUCAUGGUCAUCUCUGACCAGAAACACUGGAAAUGACACUUGAGAAAGUUUAGUGCAUGGUGGGUUCAAAGGUGAGAUUCUAUUGCCAUCAGCUUUGCUUGGUGAAGCGUUGUGCGCCAUCGAGUGGAUGGUUGGGAUCUCGAUGCUACACACGAUGUUGCCUUGGUGGGGUCCAGCCUCCCCGUACAGGGCCUCCCCUGGAAGCUGUGCGUGAAUGGGACUGCGCGCGCGCCGUGCAUGUCAUCGCGUCGUUUUGUACAUAGACCUCCGUGUCUCCGGCGUGCGGAAAGAUGCUGCCUACUUACGGAAAUAGUUUUAUGAUACAAACAUGAGAUCAAAGCGUUAUUGUUCCAUUUUGUGAGAAGGGAAAUCUAUUUUUCUAAGACGAUAUUUUUUCAAGCAAGGUUCUAUUUGACGACACAGCACAUUGCCGCCAACCUACAUUCAUGUUCGAUGGGCUGUUGUGAUGGCGUUGUCCCCCGCGUUUGGACGUCGACAUUUUUUAUAUCUCACUUUUUCAACUUUUUCCAUUUUUGUGUGUGAAUUUCUGGGGACCGUGCAUUUUGAUUUUUCUUUUUUUAAUGUUUUUCUUCUCAAUAAAAUCAUUAGUGUUGUAAUUUUUUUUUAACAGACACAUGAAAAGUAUUCACCUAGUCAAACUCGUUUCGAUCAUAUUUUUUGAAAAAUAAACGGAAACGUGGACGCUAUUUUUAGGUUUAGUUUUAGUCACCGUGAAUACAUGUUGUAAAGUUUUUAAGUGUUUUUCCUUCACCGGUUACCGACGACCUCAUGGUGCAGGUCAGGCGCUGGUAGGAGAGUAUUAACCGACGCAGUAAUUCAAUAAAUAUACCAGUGUCGUGGCCUCGUUGUCAUUUCAGUGUUGCAGUCAAAGUACAUCUUAACUCGUAGAAGAUUGUAUGUGUCUCUCGCAGCAUCAGCUCGAUAGCGCGCACCAUACCGGAGUGACAGGCGAGUAACUUUUCGUAUAUACCCUUCGAUUUCUAUGUAGAUGGCUGGUCCAUCUGCAGCGAAACAACGGUUUAUGAUCACAAAUUUGCCCUUAACCUUUAGUGAUUGCGAAAAAUGGUGUUCGGACUGCAUCCUUAGUAAAUUUUAGGCCGUACUUGUUAUUAAAAUCCGUAAUCUUUUUAACCAGGUGUGAACAGUUUUGCUGCUGUGUACACUUCAUGAUGAAACGCGAUGCACGCAGAUUUUCAUGAUGUUGGGUGGAUUCCGAAGUAUAGUGGAUAGCAACCGUGGAUUUGUGAAGACAUUGCGUCAGGGUAUGUCGAAAUCUUCGGUGAAAUUAUCGUGAGGUAGAUACACUGUCCUUUUAAACCAGUCAGCAAACCAACCAUCUACCAACCACCCACGUAAGUUUAUGGGUAUUAUUUGAAAGAAGAGACCAGUACUAAAUUACUCGCAGAUUUUAUUAACCAUGGGUAACACUCGGUGUACCUGUUUGUCGCGACAAACGCCCCAAUUACCGGAGUAGAAGGAAAAGCAGAACUACAAACUUUUUUUGGUCACACCUGCGAUUGCCGCAGUCUGCAGCAGUAAGCGUGCGUCUGCUGUCUAGUACAAGGAAGAUGCGGUCAUUGCAGACGAUUGGCUUGACGACGAGAGAGAGGUGCAAUAAGUCACUAGUUUGUGCGAUGAGCGCGGGAAGCCGUAACGCUGAUGUUGCGAGGGCCAGAUACAAGCGUUGUGGGCACGUUAACGUCUUGGGCAAUUUUUUUCCGCGCGUCCUGUCCCAUUUUCUUCACAGCUUCCAGGGAAGAGUUUUAUUUGAGAUAUUUUACCUCAGAUUAUUAAUAUCAUCAAUAUUCUAUAGUUUCUUUGCUUUAGAGUCCAGAAUGUAUAUAAUGUAUCGUUUUAGUCUGGACAUAUCUAGAAGAGAGCGAGUGGAUGGACGAUGAAAACGGCUUUUUUUUGUUGAGAAAAAAAAUCAUUUCACUACUUGCAGAUUUUAAAUUAUGAUUGCUAUUAUCUACUUCUGAAAUAAACAGCUAAAAAAAUGGAAA